UGGACUCAAAAUCAACUCCCAAAACCUGCUGCCAGUUUUUAGAAGACACUUUUUUCAGGAAAAAGUCUGAAAAGAAGCCUAUAAUUUUUAUGCAGGACGAUGCUCCAUCUUAUGCAUCAAAGUACUCCACUACGUGGCUAGUCAGUAAAGGCCUUAUAGAUGAAAGAAUAAUAAAGUUGAUCGUCAACAGAUCAAGAAACUGACAGACUCCACGAAUGGAAGUUCAUGGAGUCUGAAAAUAAUGGUGGCUAUAUUGGUCACUGAUUUCUUUUUUUUUUAUGUCAUAAAUGUUUGUCAAUUUAGAGUUGCCUAUGUAUGCCUAUACAUUUAUACAUUUCAUACUUUUAUUUUAUUUUUUUUCUAUUUGCACAAGGCUUUAUUUUGAAUGCUGCCACCGGAAGCUUUAACUCUGUUCUGCAAAAGCUGUGUUCAGGUAUCCUUCGGCGCAUGCGCACGUCGCUGUUCUAUAUAAAUCAUUGCUCGGUGGGCAUUUUAAGGCUGAUCUGGUGGGUUUUUAAAAAGCAUCCUCGGCUCAUUGAAGGAGGCUGACCGGACCAUCGCCAUGGCGUCCAGUGGAUCAUAUGUGCAGGUAGCGCUGGUUCUGCUGGCGGUCCAGCUCGUCUGUGUCGGAGCCGCUGAGGCGGAUCAGGAGACGGGGACCGUGAUCCCUGCCGAAAGUCGUCCAUGCGUUGACUGCCAUGCCUUUGAGUUCAUGCAGAGGGCGCUGCAAGAUCUGAAGAAGACGGCUUUUAACCUUGAUGCCAGGACGGAGACUCUGGUGCUGCGGGCCGAGCGGAGGGCUCUGUGCGACUGCAUGGCCACCACCACGCUGCGCUGAGCCCCGCCCGCUCCGACACGCUGACAACGAUCCGUCUCAGACCUCUACACAUGUACAGAAACUCCCAUCUGAACUUCUCUGAACGACAGGCACUUUAUAUGAUUUGUUUUCAUCACAUUUGGGUGCAGCUCUGAUUUCCACCACAGGGGGGCGUCAUUGUUUUUUUUAUUUAUUUUUUAUUUGUUUGUUGUUUUUUUUCGUGUGUGUCUUACUUAAGACGCUGACGUUGAUGUUCGCCACACCUCUGGAUUGUCCUCAUCGUCCUCGUCGGAGCAUAAACGCGUUUUUCUACUUUCUAGUAACUGACUGUAAAACGUAGACACAGUAGGAUGCAUCUGUAUAUGAUUGUGCUGUAUGAGGUCACUGUUUACACUUUGAACUGUAGCAUCAGAGUUUAUUUGACUGCUCACAAUAACAGCAGUUCGACAUAGUAAUUUAAGAUAAUAAGAAUAACCUGACUGUCAUUUAAAUAAUUGUAAUUAGCUGACUCAGAGCGGAUGGGUGACUUACAAAGGAAGGUUCUGUUUCCUCCACGCUCAGCUGUGGAGACGUUUUUUGUUUCUGUGAAGAUACUUUUAGGAAGAACACGCGUAGGUCUUGGUUUAGCGCAGCACUGUAGCAUGAAUUUAUAGCACUUUUGUUUCACGUGGUAAAGGUCGGUGUGGUGCAAAUGGUGUGAACGCGCUUGCCGUGCGUCUGCGGAGCUCGGCCCGAUUUCCAGGCGUCUGCAGGAAAAGUGAUGAGGCGGGCGGGAUCGGACGAGCUGCGGCAUCAGCAGGGAGGGGAGGAGGGGAUGGAGAGAACUGCAGCAGGGAACAGAAAAUGGUCUCACCGUUUCAUUAACAAUGUAGUUUGCAAGUCACAAGAGGCUCCACUUACAGUGAUAAUGUUGUACCUAUAAAUAAAAACACCAAACAACCGUC